AUGGCAUUCUGGGUGAAGAUGGUUUUCCUUGCUGUCAGCAUGAUAUCAUCAGCUGUUAGAGGGAGAGUGGAGACAGAGCUGUCUCCAGAGUGCAGAGAAUUCCUCUACAUGGGAACACCACCGACUGGAGUGCAUCACCAGUCCCUCAAGUUCAUUUGUCAACAUUACAACAAGAAGCCUCGCUAUGUGACACUGUACAACAUCGUGGACCACGUACCUGUCUACUCUGCCUACACUUUCAAACGCUCAGAGGGGGGGAAGUGUGUGGAUGUCCCGUGGAUGUACGAACCUCAGUUAUCCACAUCUUUCGACACAGAUGAGAUGCAGCCUUUCCCAAGCGGGUACAUGCACAUGAAUUUUGAAGAUGCCCAGGCUGUUCUAGAAGAUUACACCAACGCCAUCCAUUACGAGCGUGGUACUCUCAACCCAGAUGAGCAUCAAGAUGAACUAGAUGACAAGGCCUCCACCUACACCCUCACCAACGUGGUUCCCAUGGUUCCAGACUUUAACAUCAGAGUUUGGUACGAACAGGAGCAUGUUGUCCGCAAGCGGCUCAACAAUUACUGCCGUGGAACAGCUUACAUUGUCACAGGUAUCACCACCUCAGGGAAGAUGAUUCGUCGGCUAAACAUGAACCGCAUUGCAGUGCCCAAGCACGUGUGGUCAGCGUAUUGCUGUGUCGACUACGACCACAACACACCCUAUAAUGAGCGCUUUAAAUUCCCAUCUUUCGCUCAUUACGGACUCAAUGAGCACAACAAUGAGGUGACGGAGGUCUCCGUCCAAGAACUGACAGCGUUCCUUCGGAGGACAACAUAUGUCAAUCAGAACUUUCAAAUUUUUGUGCAUGACUGUGUCCCACCAGCAUCUAGUAAAUCCAAAUAG